UUAAGAACUCAUAAAAACAAUAUAAAACACAGUAUGGCCCGCAAGAGGCACGAGCUCGAUCCGCAGGCUUGUGGGCUCGGCCCUAGGACAAAAUCUGAAAAUUCCAGGCUCGGCCCGCCAUUCACGAGCUUGGACCAAGCCGUAUUCGCCAUUACACCAAGCCCGCGGGCUGAACUCGUGAACAGGCCCGACCAAUGCCCAGGUCUAGUGAUCGAUGGCCACUGGUGCGGGCCGGACCGUGGGUCGUAGCGGGCCGGGUUGAUAUUUCACGGUUCGAAACCGGACCGUGAAAUUCAUGGGUUAGGCAGGCUGGUCCACGGGCUGAAAAAUCUUGACCGACACCGAUAUGUUACCGAUUUUCACUGUUUCGGAAGCGAUUCUAAAGGUUCGUGGGUCUAGUGGGCUAGAUCGGGCUGAUGGGUCGACAUGACCAGCAAAUGCCAAACUCAUGUGAGAGUUGAAGUCUAGAUGAGAUCAUUCUCCAUGUCAUUAAAAAAAAAAUUGUGUUAGAUAGUCAUUAUCAUCAUAUAUUUACACCUAUACAAAAAAAAACACUUGCUCGGUUUAUGGGAAACAUAUUAGAAAGACUAAUAAAAAAAUGAUGAGAUAUAGUAUAAAGUCAGAAACAGAUGAACUGAACCAAGUUUUGGAGGGAAUAGAGAGAUUUUGCAGAAAGGUAAUAAGAUCCUAGAGAGAGAAUAUAUAUUGGACAGUGGGAUAACAAAAAAAAGACUGCAAAAAAAUCUGGGGAAAACCCCGAAGACGAUUACACUAUAUCCAGAUUUUAUCUUCUGAUACCAAAUCCUUAUUUCUUUCCCCAUUUUUCAACUCUCAUAUUCAUAGUAUAUAUCUUCUUCCUUUCUUUAACUUUCUUGUGUUUUUUUUUUGUCAAAAACAGCAUUUAUAACUUAUCUUUGCUUUUUCUACCAACUUUUGUUCUUGUUACAAAUAAAGAGGUGUUAUUUUUAUUUUAUGUAGUCAUAUUAUUUGGGUGCAAAAUUAAGGAAUAGAAAGAAAGUUAUAUACUUUAUUAAGGAAUUAUGAAUGAUAAUAGUGAAGAAGGUAGUUGUUCUUCAUCAUCAUCAUCAUUUUGUGCAUCAAAAUUGAGUUAUGAAGAUCAACCACAUGUACUUGCUGUGGAUGAUAAUGUCAUUGACAGAAAACUCAUUGAAAGGUUGCUCAAGAGUUCAUCUUGUAAAGUAACUACAGCUGAGAAUGCAAUGAGUGCAUUGGAGUACUUGGGAAUUGGAGAAGAUCAACAAAAUACAUCCAAGGCCGCAAAAGUUAAUUUGAUACUCACAGAUUACUGCAUGCCAGGAAUGACUGGUUAUGAUCUGCUUAAGAAGAUUAAGGAAUCAUCAAAGUUAAGGGAAGUACCCGUUGUUAUAAUGUCAUCUGAGAAUGUCCCAACAAGAAUUAGCAAGUGCUUGGAAGAGGGUGCUCAAAUGUUCAUGUUAAAGCCACUUAAACUUUCAGAUGUCAAGAAAUUAAGGUGCCAAAUUAUGAAGCGCAGACAUUAAUUAAGCAAAUGAAGAAUGACUUGUUUUGGCCACAUACUAGAUGUGUGAGCUUAUAUCAAAGAUAAAAUGUGAAAAAAAAGAGGGGGGUAUACAGUAAGCAUGGACACCAAAGAAGGAAGUUAAAUACCAUGGUGAAAAUUUUGUUUUGGGAAACACUUCUGCUUUUGAGAAUGACAAUCUUAUAUUAUUAUUAUGCUAUUUCAAUUCCCUUCU